CGCCGGGCUGAGCGGUUGAGGGUAUCGCCACGGGCCUGUGUCAACGGGGUAGCUGGCAGUGAGUGCAUUGAUCAACGACCAUGGAGCUACCGCCACAGUUCACGCAGCUGCUGGAGCGAGACAAGCACCUACGACCGCACAAGCAUUUUGUCAUUGAACGAUACUCGCGCUUCCGACGCGCACUCAAGUCGCUCAAGGAGCAUGAGGGCGGCUUGGCCGAGUUUGCAAAAAGCUACAGACGCUACGGGCUGCACCAUGAUGGCGGAGCCUUGCGUUUACGAGAAUACCUGCCGGGUGCCACAGCCGUCUUUCUUUGCGGCGAGUUUAACGACUGGAACACGGAGGAGUAUCCCUGCACGCGCGAUGCUUUUGGCAACUGGACCUUGGAGCUCCCAGAUCAGGACGGCCAGCCCCGCAUCAAAGCUGGACAGCGAAUCAAGCUACACGUCAAGACCAAAGACGGCAAAGGCCUGGACCGCAUCCCAGCCUGGAUCACGCGUGCCGAGCCGUCGAGCAUGGGCCCUUACUAUGAGGGCGUGUAUCAGCCCCUUCUCGACUUUCAGUUUAAGCAUGCACGCCCCACUCUCAAGAGCGGUCUCAAGAUUUACGAGGCACAUGUGGGCAUUGCCAGCCCCAAGGCUGGCAUUGCGUCCUAUGACAACUUUACUGACAACGUCUUGCCUCGAAUCGCUGCUGCCGGCUACAACGCGAUCCAGUUGAUGGCUGUGAUGGAGCAUGCCUACUACGGCAGCUUUGGUUACCAAGUGACUUCCUUUUUUGCGGCUUCAAGCCGCUACGGGCCAUCUGAGGCGCUGUGCCGUCUCGUAGACACAGCCCACGGCUUGGGCAUCAAGGUGCUGUUGGACGUGGUGCACAGCCACGCGUCCAAGAAUACGGCUGAUGGUCUGAAUAUGUACGAUGGAACCGACAGCUGCUACUUUCACGGAGGGCCCCGGGGCCACCACCCUCAGUGGGAUAGCCGCCUCUUCAACUACUCAUCUUGGGAGACGCUGCGCUUUCUGCUCUCCAACCUGCGCUUUUACAUUGAGCAGUAUGGUUUCGAUGGCUUCCGUUUCGAUGGCGUCACCUCCAUGCUCUACACACACCACGGCCUCGGUCGCGUGUUCAGUAAGUCCCAAACCGACUAUUUCGAUGGAAGCGUCGAUGUCGAUGCUGGCGUGUACCUGAUGCUGGCCAAUACGCUGGUCCACACGCUAUUAUCCGAUGGCCUGACAAUCGCUGAAGAGGUAUCCGGCAUGCCUGCCUUGUGCCGGCCAGAAGCCGAGGGUGGUUAUGGCUUUGACUACAAGCUGGGAAUGGCGAUUCCAGACAUGUGGAUUAAAAUGCUCAAGGAACAAAGCGACGAGGAGUGGGACAUGGGCAACAUCUGCUUCAACCUCGAGAAUCGGCGCUACAUGGAGCCGACAAUUGCGUACGUGGAGAGCCACGACCAAGCGCUCGUGGGUGACAAGACCGUGGCUUUCUGGCUCAUGGACAAGGAGAUGUACACGCACAUGUCCGUGCUGUCAGAGUUGACCACGGUGGUUGACCGCGGCCUAGCCCUUCAUAAAAUGAUUCGCCUCAUUACUCACGCGCUCGGAGGCGAAGGCUAUCUCAACUUUAUCGGCAACGAGUUUGGACACCCCGAGUGGCUGGACUUUCCGCGCGAAGGCAACGGCGAGAGCUACCAGCACGCGCGCCGACAAUGGAAUCUAGUCGAUGACGAGCUGUUGCGUUACAAGUUUCUCAACAACUUUGACAAAGCGAUGAAUUGCGCUGAAGAAGCACAUCACUGGCUCAACUCGGCACCGGCUUUUGUAUCUUUGAAACAUGAAGCGGACAAGUUGAUUGUUUUCGAGCGCAACGAGGUUGUGUUUGCCUUCAACUUUCAUGCUCAUAAAAGCUAUUCGGAUUACCGAUUGGGCGUCGGUGCCCCCGGCUCCUACCAGGCAAUCCUGUGUACAGAUGAUGAGACCUUUGGAGGACACCAACGCAUUGACGGCGAAACGAUUCACUUUACGGAAGGACAACCGUGGCAUGAACGCCCCCACAGCAUGCUGGUGUAUUUACCAGCGCGCACGGCCGUGGCGUUUGCCCGCAAGCGCGAGUAGCUCGAAUAAUUCAAUGUCGCCAUGUCAAGCACUUUUGUUUGAACACACUACACUGUCAUCGCUGCCUGCUAAAAAAUUCAUCUGACAAAAAGUG